CCUGUGGGGAGCUGGGGAGGGGAGCUGAAGGGUUGCGGGCCGAGGGCCAGCGCAGUCCUUGACUGAGUGUUAGAGAAAUGUAUCUGACCAAUUGUUUUCUUUAUCCGCGGCUCUUUGGGCUCUAAGGCUCUGAGGCCUCAGGCCGCCCGCGUCUUUUCGGCGUGGAAGGGUUUUCUUGAGCCAGGACUUUCUGAGUUCUCACACCAAACCGUCACUGGAAAAGGUUCACACUUAGUGAAUGCGUCGUCGGCCUUUUUUGUUGUGAGUUCGCCUUUACAGUAGUGGAUAGCAGUCCCAUUCUUCUACCUGGCAUUUAAAAUCCCUAGGUUAGACCCUGUUGUCUGUCUGGCCCGUUAUUGAGAGAGGUAGCGGGGUCUGCAAUGAGCUUUAAAAGGGGACACUGGAAAUUAGCUCUGAUUGUCAUUCAUUUAUUCCACAAACAGUUUUUGCGCAUCUGUAGACUAGACAUCGUAACUUAGCUUCAGGUAGCAUUCAUGCCAGCGCAGGAGACAGGAUGCCAGACAAUUAAACAUCAUACCAAGUAACAGUAAUUCUGCUGAAGAGAUAUUCAAGCUGCUCUCAGAGAACAGAGGAUAGCCGUCUUGGGGCUGGGGAAGACAGUUAUGUCUUUUUCUAAUAUUUUGUAUCUGAAGGGUAAUUAAGUUAGUGGACGUGGCGGUAAUUGGAAAGUUUUUUCCUUCAUUGAACAAAAAAAAGUUUCUUUUUAGGCCCGCACCCGAGGCACAUGGAGGUUCCCAGGCUAGGGGUCCCAUUGGAACUGUAGCUGCUGGCCUUCGUUUCUGCUGCGCCACAACGGGAACUCCCGAGACCUGAAGUUUUUGAGUGAAUCCUUUUCUUGGUUUAUCUUUCACCAUAUAGCUUGUAGACAAGUGUAUAGGAUCAAGAAUUCACAUUGUGAUGAAGAGUGAUAAAGAGAUUGUUGGCACGCUUCUCGGAUUUGAUGACUUUGUCAAUAUGGUACUGGAAGAUGUCACUGAAUUUGAAAUCACACCAGAAGGAAGAAGAAUUACUAAGUUAGAUCAAAUUUUGCUAAAUGGAAAUAAUAUAACAAUGCUGGUUCCUGGAGGAGAAGGACCUGAAGUAUGAAUGGAUUUCUUCACUUAUGCUAGAUUCUGUUUUGUCUUAUGACAACAAAAUGUAACUUUUUUUUAAACUUUUAAUGAACAUUUGGAUUCUGUGAAGCCAAGUUUCCCGUUAAAGGGAAAUGCUUUGAAGAGGCAUUGUUAAUGUCAAUUUUUGUAAAUUAAUCAUGAUUAUCUUGGGAAAAGAAUAGUUUGUUCUUUGAAGACAAAAAUAAAGGUGUUUUUGGUAAACUGU